AUGAAGGGAUGGAAGAAAGACGAACCACUCCUUGCACUGACUGACGACCCAAAUCGUGAAAAUCGCAAGCGCAAACGAGCAGAUGAUGACCUUCAUGUUUCCAAGACAAAAGGCACAUCAUCAGCUUCCAUGUCUCCCGCGCCCACACCCGCUUCAACGUCUCCCACGCCCACACCCAGCAUCGACAAGCCCGAGCAGGGUGAGUCAGAGGCCGCCGAGUCGGACGCAGACGUUUCUACAAAUUCGGAUGAGAAGAACACCAAGGACAUUGCCAAGGAUGACGAUCAGAAGCCGUCUCAGAACAAUCAUGCCGGUCACUUCGACGACGUGUGCCAGUUGGAGUUAGAGGUGGACGGAUGGGACGGUGACUGGUUGGAUGCGUGGCGAUCGCCGGCUGGUUGUUCGACAAAAAGACCGGAGAGUCCGAUGAUAAGAAGGAGAUCAUAG